AUGCUUGAUGAUAAUAAUACCUGCGAUAAAAAUUUACAUAUUGCUAAAACAAAUUUUAGUUCAAUCAAACAUUUGAUUCUUUACUCAUAUGUAAAUCUUAAAGAUUGUUUCCCUCUUUUAUCAUAUGUUCCAAAUGUUCGUCGUUUAUCAAUCAAAUGUUUAAUAUCUUCAUCAAAUUAUAUUGAAACAUGUUCAAUCAAUUUAAGCAAUUUAACACAUAUUUCAAUUCAAUUUGAAGAAUUUAUUUGGAUUCUUUUUAAAAAUCUUCGAGUCUUACAUCUUUCAACAAAUAUGGAUGAUAAAUAUUUUAAAGGAUGA